AUGCGUAGCGCCGUGGACCUGGGUCCGCGCCCUCCCGGCGCAAAUCGCCGCCUGCGUUCGGCGCCCAGGCCUCGCACGUCCGCCGCGAAGGCCACGAAGUCCCCAAUCGACGGGCCCGCCGGCACCACACGCAUCUGCUCCACGAGCUCGUCCCUGUCUUCGUCAUCUUCAGAAGACUCCGCCAACAGCGCCCAAAAACGGUUGUGGCAGGUCUCAACCCCCGCCGGCGACGCCCCAGCAUGCGCCACCGGCGAGCGCACCUGGGGGGACCCCGCCCCGCGGCUCACCAAGGUCCACCCCGCCGGGGUAGCCCCGCCCGCAGGCCUCACCGGCGAGGGCACGCAGUCGCCAGCGCAGUCGCCAGUCCGCACCGGCGUGAAGACAUUCAACCUUUUGUUCUAUGGUCCUUACAAUGCCAACACCAGCUAUUGUCUUGAUGGCUGGCUUCAGAUUGCUGUCGCACCAGGCAUUGAAGAACUUAGCCUUACACUAUUUUCAGACAGUGACCAGUUAUUAGACAAGGCAAAAUACCACUUCCCGUGCUCACUUUUAUCCGAUGGGCGUGGAAACUCCAUUCGUGAGCUCAAGCUUGUAGGUUGCGCCUUCCGCCCUACGGUAGGGAUCGGUUGCACGAGAAGCCUGACAAGUAUAUCUCUGCGUUUUGUGCAUAUUACCAGGGAUGAGCUGGGGUUCCUUCUUUCCAAAUCUCUUGCUUUGGAGCGAUUGGAUCUCAACAGUUGCAGUGAGAUAACUUCCAUAAAGAUACCUUCCCUGCUGCAGCGCCUCAGCUAUCUGAAGGUGUCCCAGUGUUCCAUGCUGCAAGUGAUUGAAAGCAAAGCUCCAAAUAUCUCCAGUUUUCACUUUUUUGGUGAUCAACAAGUACAGCUAUUUCUUGGAGAACCAUUGCAGAUGAAGGAAAUUUUCAUAUCACAUUCCUGUGCUCUUCAUUAUGCUCGCGCCAUGCUCCCGUCCAGUACACCAAAUCUCGAAACUCUUGAUAUAUUUUCAACUGGUGAGGUAUAUGCUCUAAAACUUGAGGUGUCUAUGGGCUAG